AUGAAUUCCAGGCAGCAGCUGGAAUCCAGACACAGCUCAAAGCACGUGCUAAUCAAUCAGAACUGUCUGGCCAUCGUUUUGCACCGGAUUGCCGGACUUUCGGAUGGCGGUUCGAAGGACGAGGACGGGCAUAGGACGUUUGCAGACUUUUUGCAGCAGAAUUCGUUGUGUUUUUGGAACGGUUGUCUUACGCGUAGUGUGGCCAGUUUGGAGUACAGGGGGUGCCUAGUACCUUGUACUCUGCUGGUAUGUGGUACGGAUUUUGCAUUGGAAGUGAUUCGCUCGGCUUGGGCCAGGAGGGUUCUCAGGCCGCCUAAAGGAUAUGGAAUUGGCAAGUUGGGGGACGUGGGCUUUCUAGAGAUGGUUCCCGCCCUCCAGACUCAGUUCGCGCCUCUGUCCGAGGCGCUCUGCAAGGUGGUUGCCGACCUGAACGACGACCGGGUUUCCGCCACCACGACUACGCUCAAGGUGAGACUGGAGGAGAACUUCCCAGAGAUGCAGGUGCCCAGCGAAGAGAUCCUGUACAAGACGCUCGGGGGACUCAUCAAGGAGAGGAAACUCUACCACACCGGGGGAGGUUACACCUACCGCCAACGUGCAGUGUCUCCCCUCUGCGAGCGCCAAAUGCUGAUGACCAACGAGGAGGCUAUCGUCCGGUUGCACGCCAACCGAAAGGAAUGCUCUCUGGCAGUACAGGUGGACGAGGCGGACAUCGCUGCGGCAUGGAGGUGCUCUACAUCCUCCUUCAUGUAUGCCUCCAAGACAGACCCACUUCAACAGACCCCUGGAUCUCCUGAUAUCCAACUGCUGGAGCGAAGUCACUCUCUCAAGGUCACAAAGAAAGGUCGUCCCAAGACUACCGACGAAAGGGGAGGAUCUCUUAAAGAGAAGAGUUCGAGUCCACGAAAAUUCCGCUACCAGCCUAACGAUUUCGAGGAUGUUCACAAAAAUGAGAAGCAGUCCAUGCUGACCAAAAUCUUCAAGCGCAUGCAAGCAUUGACGGAUAAGCCGAGCAAGCAUGUUGUCUUCUCCACUCAGUUCCCGCCCUUGGAAUGGAUGGAAGCAGAUAAAAUAUUGUACCACUCGGUUGCAACACAGACGAUGAUCCAAAAGACAAGCUCCAAGCCAGGCUCGAAGCAAGUGGAGGCAACAAGUUCCAGAGUUCCUUGGAACGACAUGGACAACUUUGAGAGACGUGCAAUACCACAUUUCUGGAGUCCCAUUUCCACACAUAAAAAAGGUCUCAACUUUGCAGACGGAAAUAACACGAGAAAAACUGCAUUGGUCUCGCUAAGACAAAAUAAUUCCAAACAGUCUCCACUCCAUAGGUACUCCUAUGGACCGCUUUCAAACAAUCCUAAGCGACGCCAUCGGCAUAGAAGAAGCUCGAGUGAAAGCCCCAAAAUUGUCAAACCAUUACUGAACAAUUACCACAGCCAGUCAACCAGUUCUAAAUCUCCAGCGGACUAUAGCGAAGAUAAGGAGUCGCAUAGUUCUACGAAUGCCGCAACUUUGGCAGGGAAGUCGAAAGCGCCCCUGAAUUCGUGCCACAAUAGUCCAGCUGUAGAUAAAACAAGCAAAAAUUACAUAGCCAAAAGCAUUCCGACGAGGCAGUUUAAAAGUAACGAGCUUCAAAAGAAUCCGACAGGGAGCAAAACAGUCACAGAUACUAAAUCCAAUGCAUCCAAAAAGUGUCAAAUGUCUAAAAACAUGGCCAUUUCUCCAGAACCGAAGGCUCCAAAAAACAAAGAGAAAAUAGUGGACAUAGCUCCAGCCAACCACGAUUCAGAAGACCAGUCCUUGUCAGUGAGCGAUGCAAAACUAGCAGUCAGUGAAUCAAGUAGCGAGCUUUCCGGAUCCGGAAACAAUUCAGAGGUAGCCGAGAAGGAAAUCAAGAUACCUCCGCCAAUUUUGAAAAGCUUCUUGGAAAUGCCAAAACAGCCAAACACAAAUUCCAAACCAAAUUCCAAGAAGGAAAUCAUAAUCGACAACUCGGUUAGCGUUGAGGUGGCCGUAGAGAAGACGCCAUUGACUUUGACCCCGAAAGGCAACAAUGUCUCGACUACCAUAGUCACUGAAGAAACGACUGUCACCAAGGGCAAAGGGAAUUCCAAGGUUGUGACAGUGACGAGCAUAACCACCAGUUUAUCCCGCAACGAGAAGGAAAAGUUUUCGGUAAACAACCUGAACAUUGAAAACGAGAAAGAUUCACACAUUGUCGAUUGUAGUAGCACUUGCAACAUUGUUACUGAAGUCAAAUGAGUGAUAUAUGCAACUAAUUUAAAUAAUUAGUAAGCAAGUUGAAAUAAUGCCACAAGAACAAAUAUUUCAAAUGUAGUAUCAAUUUUAGCUAUAGAAAAUACUCAUUUUCGAAGAGCAAGAGAAAAACAAAAAGAGCACAGGGAAGAAAAGCAAAAUGUUGAUCAUUAAAGGUGUUAGAGAAAUCCUGUUUGGAAGUUUAAAACACCAAUGUUUCUUCAUUCCACCAUAAACUUUUGGCUGAUUUUUUGCCUUGAUCCUUCUUCUUUCUAACCUGAUUAAAUAGAGCAAUAACUUCUACUCUACAAACACUCAGUGUUGCCAUACUAAACUCAUCUCGAACCAAAAGAUGACAUUUUGUCUUUCUUCCAUGCACUCUUCAUAUGUUACACAUUUCAUCAAAAUGAACAUUAAAUUAAUUGUAAGCCUUUCAUGUGCUAUGUCCAAGUAAAUUUCAAAUUAUUUACUCUAUCAAUGUAUGUUUAAUA